CUUUCCCUUGGUUUGGCAUGGACAUUGGAGGAACUCUAGUAAAGCUCUCAUACUUUGAACCUAUCGAUAUCACAGCAGAGGAAGAACAAGAGGAAGUUGAGAGCUUAAAAAGUAUUCGGAAAUAUUUGACUUCUAAUGUGGCAUAUGGAUCCACUGGCAUUCGGGAUGUACACCUUGAACUGAAGGAUUUAACGCUUUUUGGUCGAAGAGGGAACUUGCACUUUAUCAGAUUUCCAACCCAGGACUUGCCUACUUUUAUCCAAAUGGGAAGAGAUAAAAACUUCUCAACAUUACACACGGUGCUAUGUGCUACAGGAGGUGGUGCUUACAAGUUUGAAAAAGAUUUUCGUACAAUUGGAAACCUCCACCUGCACAAACUGGAUGAACUGGACUGCCUUGUAAAGGGCUUGCUGUAUAUAGAUUCUGUCAGUUUCAAUGGACAAGCAGAGUGCUAUUAUUUUGCUAAUGCCUCAGAACCUGAGCGAUGCCAAAAGAUGCCUUUUAACUUAGAUGAUCCCUAUCCACUGCUGGUAGUGAACAUUGGCUCAGGCGUCAGUAUUUUAGCAGUCCAUUCCAAAGACAACUAUAAGCGAGUAACUGGGACAAGCCUUGGAGGGGGUACCUUUCUGGGCUUAUGCAGUUUAUUGACUGGCUGUGAAAGUUUUGAAGAAGCUCUUGAAAUGGCAUCCAAAGGUGAUAGCACCCAAGCUGACAAGCUGGUCCGAGAUAUUUAUGGAGGAGACUAUGAAAGAUUUGGUCUGCCAGGAUGGGCUGUAGCAUCUAGUUUUGGGAAUAUGAUUUAUAAAGAGAAGCGAGAAUCUGUUAGUAAAGAAGACCUGGCAAGAGCUACCUUAGUUACUAUCACCAAUAACAUUGGUUCUGUGGCACGAAUGUGUGCUGUAAAUGAGAAAAUAAACAGAGUUGUCUUUGUUGGAAACUUUUUACGUGUCAAUACUCUUUCAAUGAAACUUUUGGCAUAUGCACUGGAUUAUUGGUCGAAAGGUCAGCUGAAAGCAUUGUUUCUAGAACAUGAGGGGUACUUUGGAGCUGUUGGUGCUCUUCUUGGGCUGCCGAAUUUCAGCUAAAGCAUCAGAGAUUUCUCUGCUAAUAAAUGUCACAAAAGGAGCUGAAACUGGAGACAUAUCACUGCAUUGUUUGUCACUGGGAACCAAAGGAUAAAAGUAGCAUUAUUCUUGUUUUCAAAUGUCAAGAUGGUAAGCUCAUGAGUAUUGCAAUAUUAAAAGUGAGAGCUGUAUAACAUGUGAAGUAUUUCUCAUUGAAAUGUUUUUCAUUUUGUAUAUAGCCAUUGUUCAGUCUCUAAGCAUAGUCUAGCCUCUGAUUAUUGAGCUUCCUCUCAAAAAGAUUUUCUGUUUAUUUUAUGUAGCCAGCAUUUCAGUCACGUAUGCUCAAUCAAAUCUUAAAAGUACAAUAAAUGUUUUACUUAUGAAAGUAAUUGAUUCUGAGUAUUUGUUACAAGUAUGUGUGUUUUGGUUAUUUGUGAGCAGACAGGAAGAUACUCUGUAUCCAAAUUUAUUAUAAUGGCAAUCAAAGAUGAUCGUUUUAUGUGAUUUUAGAAAUGCUAAGGAGUUAUUGUAGUUUUUCUAACAUACCCCCUCAGAAAAGCAUGUUUAUAUGAUCUUUCCCCAGAAGUAUAACUUUCCUCAAAUGCACAAUUUAAUUGAAUAUAAUAAUUUAACUGAAAUACUGUUGGUGAAUGUUAGCCUAAAUUUUAAAAUGGCUGGAAAACGCACAUAUUUGUUAACACUACACUUUCUGUAUUUUGUGAAUUAACAUGUGUUAAAAGGCUUAAUAUUUUUAAAUUGCAGGUUUAAUUAUUUUGGAGUUUGUAUAAUGAGCUUCUUGGACUAUCUGAAUGGAAUAUGGUUUUUGUGAAUUGACAUUUUUCUCAUGUCCAAAUUUAUGUAUUUCUUCUCAUUAAUUAGAUCUGAACCAUGAGAGCCAAGAGUUUUGUUCUUUGAAUAGCAGCAACAGAAUCACAUUUGUUCUAAGUGGGUGUUUUGAAAGUUUGUAGGCAUCUGAGCCGGGUUACAGAUUACAAAAGGAUCAGUGUUUCACAUAUUUUGGUAAUAAAAGCAUUAAAGUCCCAAAAUUUGUAAA